AUGGGUAGGAUAUUAGGCGUGAUCGUGUGCCUCUGGGCAUUAAUCUGUACGUGCACAACCGCCGUUACGAGUUGGCGCGGUCUAUAUGCACAACGAUUCUUCCUAGGUUUCGUCGAAAGUAUCAUCCCAACUGGUUUCAUGUGUAUAAUCAGCUCUUUUUAUACACAGUCCGAGCAAUCCUUAAGACAAAGUUGGUGGUUUUCCUCAACUGGCGCUUUUACCAUUAUUGGUGGGGCACUCAAUUAUGCAUUUGGACAAAUUGAAGGUGGAAAUCUUAAACGUUGGCAGUAUCUUUAUUUACUUGCUGGAUCUCUUACUUUUCUUUUUGGGAUUUGUUCUUUCUUCGUGCCUGAUUCUCCCGUCUCCGCUUGGUUUCUUACGACGGAUGAGCGUAUGGUAGCUACGGAACGUCUGAGGUAUGGUCAAACUGGUAUUCGUUGUACUAAAUUCAAAUGGUACCAAAUUAAGGAGUCUAUACUCGAUAUAAAAGUAUGGUUGGUGGCCAUUAUGAUGGCUUCGGCUUAUACCGUCAAUGGAGCAGUUAGUGGCUUUGGUCCUCUCAUCGUUUCUACUUUUGGCUACUCAGCUCUCGACUCUAUUUUGUUCCAAUUUCCUCUGGGUGCAAUAUGCUUCAUCUUCAUUCUACUUACCGGCUAUCUCUCAUCGCAUAUCCCAAAUAUUCGCAUUAUACUCCUCAUCACCUGUUGUCUUCCUGUGAUUGCUGGUUGCGCAAUGAUAUGGAAAAGCUCCUGGUAUCGUCAUGCAGCGACUCCAGUCGUCGGGUACACCAUAAUUGGGUUCUUUGGACCAGUAGUGAGCUUGAUUAUCACAAUUGGUAUGGCAAAUGUUGCGGGACAAACAAAGAAAUGUUUUAUGGCAGCGACUAUUUUUGUGGCAUAUUGUGUUGGUAAUAUUGUAGGACCUCAAUUGAUUAUAUCACAAACGAAGUCGAGACAUUAUCCUGAACUCUGGUUGGGAUUGAUCAUCUGUUAUUGUAUUACUGUUGUGGCUGCUGUGGUGCUGUAUAUUUUAUUGGCUAAGGAGAAUCAAAAGAGAGGAUUAAUGGAAUUAGACGAGGAGAAUAGAGAUAAAAUGGCGUUUCAAGACUUGACCGACAAGCAGAAUCCAUAUUUUCGAUAUAUGCUCUAG